CUCAUUCCCAAUCGAAUUCUGAAGACAAUGGCUAACCGUAAUGACGUCACAGGAUACAUGUUGGUGCUCGACGAUCUGCCGUCUUCCGAUGACCCGACCGACUGGAUAGGCUACAUUAUGGUCUUCCUACUGGCCUGUUGGAUGAUGCUAUGUGUGUCCCGGUUCCUGAUCUCACUCGCUUGGCCUGUCCUGAUUGUGGCCUCAACCCUUAUCCUCUUCAGGAUUCUCCGCAUCGCCAGCUACACCGAAUUUGUGAACAUCUUAACCCAUGCAAUCGAACUGAUUAUCGACACAGGCUUUGAUCUUUGGAACAAAUGGAUCAAUGAUAACAAUGAUGGUGAUGGUGAUGGUAAUGGCAAAUGGAAUACGCUUUUGACUGGCAAAUGGAAUUCGUUUUGGACUGAAGAAUAAAUUAUGCUCAGAUGCUGGCGAUUACUAGUCAAAAUAAUUUUCUAAUUAUUUAGACAUUUUUCUAAACAAACUUUUUUUUGGUCACAAAAUCAAAAUUCAUGUUAAAUUCAAGUAAAAUUUAUGUUAAAAAGUACAGAUUUGAAUAUCUGCUUGAUCAGCCAAUAACUCUUCAUACGCUAUCUAAAUAAAUACCCA